UAAAGUUUGGGUUAAUGUUGUGUUGUUUAUCUUGCAGUGUCUUCUCACAAUGCCUCAGAGCGGAAGUAUCAGCUGUGAUUUUCAAAUCUUCUCAUCACUCCUGGAAGAGGAAGAUUUUUAUCAGACUUGUGAGGAAUUUCUGAAGACCGUGGAGAUGUUGCCUGCAUCACCCCAAUCCCCCCUUCCCAAGACGAAUAUCUGCGACUCCCUCUCCUCUUUAAUCCCUUCCAAGUCAGACCAGUUGGAAUUAAUGUCAGAAUUCCUAUUGGAUGAUGAGACAUUCAUCAACCAGAGUUUAAUUUGUGACCUUGAAGCUUCACUGAAGAUGGAGCAAGAUUGCAUGUGCAGUAAUUUACUGGCCAGCACAGAACUGGACAAAGUUGGUGAUAAGUUGGACACAUUCCCUGCAAUGAGCCCCUUGAUGUCAGAGAUCGAGUCACAUUUCUUCCAGGAUCUCUGUAGUUCCGAUUUUGAGGCAAUUAGCCCCUUCCUGGAGAGGCCUCAGCAGAACCAGGACGACCUAAACUCAGAUGAUGAAAGUUCUUUGUCCACAGGCAGUGUUUUCUCACACUGCACUGACUCAGAGGAAGAGAUUGAUGUCGUAACCAUUGAGAAGCAAAGGUUGGCUGAGAGGAGCGCUCUCCAACAGGAAAUGCCGAGACCCGGAACCCGGUCACAGACAUUGGCCAGCAUCAAGCGGUGCAAUCUCGAAAUUCAACAGCAGCAUAACUAUGCAGCACCAUCACCCCUGCUCUCCAGGGACCUGCCAGCACCCAAACGAGCUAAAACAGACAACUGUCUGCACACAGCCAAGUACUCCACUCCCAACAGGUCUUCAGCCUUUAGCGUCCAGUCCCCAGAUGCAGAGGAUGAGGAGAGACGGAGAACGCACAAUGUCUUGGAGAGACAAAGGAGAAAUGAGCUGAAGCAUUGUCUGUUGGCUCUUCGAGAUGAGGUGCCAGAACUUUCCAAGAAUGACAAAGCCUCUAAAGUGGUCAUUCUGAGGAAGGCAACAGAGUAUGUCAUCAAACUGAAGGCAGAGCAUCUGAAACUGAGCACCGAGAGAGAGAAACUUAAGAAGAAGCAGCAGCAGCUGAGACGGAAGGUUGACCAGAUGCAGAGGAUUUCCAAAUAGCGUUGGUCAAUUCAGGUGGAACUGCCUCAUCUCCAGGAGACUGAGGGAGAGGCAGCAUCAUUUCGCAGUGUUUCUAAGUGAAUGCUUGUGGUUUAUAUAUCAACAAUGAAAUGAAGAGGGAUAAGGUCGAAUGGUUUCCUCAUGAACAAACAUAAACCUGUACACGGUGCUGUGACAAUUCUUUUUCUGCAAUUUCAUGUCAUAUGUUUUUGAAAGUAAGUCUGGAGUUUCAAUAUUCCAAUUUGAAUGCGUAAUGUGUCUGAAAUUGCUUGGUUGUCUGUAUUUGAAGAGGCUGCUUUGGGCACUGAUCGUAGCCUUGGGACCAGCCUGUAGCUGUUUCAGGCACAGGCCCCUCCCCCUCAUUCCCAGCUGCUGACGCUGACAGACAGGCACUUAAUAUUCAUACAGGAAUCAAGUGACCAAUAGGAACAGACCUUGAGUGAGCUGUCUGAGAUCCACAGGUCCAUCUGUGUUUAGAAGCUCCGCCAUUGCCCUGUCCAAAUGAGAAUACAGAAUAGGGACCGGAUCUCUCCCCAAGGUGUGGUGCAGGGUCUGUAAUGAUGGAUGUGUGUCCUGCUCCCUCCCUGCUCUGUCCGCACUAGCUCAGAGGAUCAUCUGCACAACCCUCUCAACUCAGCGACAAUGUUCUUUGGCCUCAGCUGCUACCUAUCACUGUGCACACGCGAUCACAUAUUUCAAAGCAAUACAGUGAUUUCUUUUUGGUUUAAACCUCAUUUCACUUCGGUUUUAAGUCUUCCAAUCAGAACCUGCUUCUAGAGGAUAAGAUUUCAAUGGGAUCCAUACUCCUCAUAAAGUAUCUUUAUUAGCAUUUUUUAUAAGUGUAUGUGUGUGUAUAUAUAAUGGGCAGGUCAUGCCUGACUGUUAAAUGUCUUUUGUGCUGAUUUUUGUAAAUGUUUGGAAACCGUUGUAUUGGGUCAGUGAUGGAUGCUGCAUCUUACUCUGCUCCUGUCCUCCUCCACCUCCCACCCCACCCCUUUCCUUUUUUUGUAAAAGUGCCGACUCUGAACAUAGCGUGGAACAUGUUGGAACGUGGUUCACAUUCCUUGUGGGAUGUGUGGUUCCCGCUCCUGAAAGUUCAGGUUCUGUGGGAGUGGUUGGGAUCGACCGUCUCUGUGUUAGAUCAGCUGGAGCUGGCACUCCCUGUGGUGAGGCAAGGAUGAGGUUUCUGUGAUCCUGCCUUUAUUCUCAUUCACAGGCCCCCAGCCAGCAAGAGUUGGCACCCAGAGUCAAGUGGCAGCUUUCUGAAAGUCACAAUCCCUAGACAUUUCAGCCCUUGCUUAACCAGUCGCUAUGUGCUUGCAGUUGCAGUCAUGACUAUAUCUCGGAUUAAACUCUAUCGUUAUAUUUACUGUUUAAUUACAUAAUGUUUCGCUGCUAAUCCUAUAAUUUAUUUUAAGAGAAUGCACUGUCCUGUUAUGUUAAAUCCUGUCCAUUUUGAGUUGUAUUAUAUUUUGAUGUGGAUUGUUGGUGUCCACAAUCAGCAAGCCAAGUUUUGUUUGCCUUUAUAUUAAGUUAUUGCUUUGCAUCAUUGUCAGUUUUUUUUGUCCAAAUCAAAUUUCUUUGGAUAAUGAAUGUUCACUGUUUGUUUGUUUGUUUGUUUUGACAAAGCACUUUCUGUCAGCCUUUAGCCAUGUUAGCAAAAUAAAAUUUUAAUGAUUAAAUAAAAUUUUAAAACCAAA